UCAAGCGGAUAUCAAAAGUGGUUUAUUAUGCCAAUACAAAGGGCCAGCGCAUAGGCGCUACUAUACAAAAACUCAGAGUCCCUAUCUGAGGGUGUUGGGACGAGGAACAAAAAAGUGGUGUGUAUGUGUGAAGGUAUAUAAGAAGAUAACUAACAAGGUGACAGUUAUACGUCGAUGCUCUCAGAGGACAAUAUUGGCAUGGAGACCCGGCUGCGCGACCGACUCCCCAUCCCUGUGCUGAGCGGCAUGUGGCAUCCAAGCUCCCGCCAGGUUCUGCGAGCCGUGUGCUCGUCCAUGUUGGGCGUCAUGGUGGCCAUCGUGAACGUUGUUGUGGUGGACAUCGUGAACGUUGUUGUGGUGGGCAUCGUGGACCGUAGUCGCAUUCAGACCGUGGUUGCCAGUGAGAUCGUGGUUGCCAGUGAGGCCGUGGUCAGGCACAAUCUUCUCAGCGGCACCGGUAAGUUCGUGGUUACGUUCAGCGUGGGCAUGCACGGAAGAGUGGCCCUGCACGGCGUUGGGGUCGUGUUUGAGGCCGAAACCCGUGGGGAGGCCGGCUGCGGCGAAAACGCCGACCGAGUCGUCGAGUUGGUUGGCGCGGAGGGGCCCGGUUGUUGUUUGAGGGGUGUGGUGGGAGGAGGGGGUGGUGAGGUUUUGGAUGGGGUUGGUCAUGUUUGCGGUUUGUUUAGAAAGAGUAUGGACUUUGCGUUUUUGGGUUCUUUGUGGUGGUUUGGUUAUCCGGUGAAGGAGGGGGAGCGAUGGGGCUGCUCUGCCCUUUUAUUCGCAUCGGAAGCAGGGAAUAAAGGGAACGUUUUGCAAAGCCUUCCUCCGAGAGCGACGGAGGUGACGAAAUGUGCACCGCCCGCUGUCACGACCUGACGACUCUGGCCACCAACGCAAUCAAACGGGACCAACCGUGAGCAAACCAUGAGUGCCCUCAGCCUGCCAGUGCUUAUGCUGCAAGUUGUGCAUCUGCACUAUGCAGCAGCGCCCACAAACGUUGUGUGCUGCGAGAAGGGGAAUCCGAG